GGAUGAGAAGUACUCCCUGUGUGAAGUAAUAUGAUAAGAUGCACCAGAAUCAAUCACCCAGGUGCAGUCAUCACAGGCUACAUUUAAUAGUCCAUGAUCACCGAUAACAAAUAAAUCAUCAUCACUAGAUGCCAAGGCUGUAGUGUUCUUCUCUUCUGGCUUCUGCUCGGAAUUCUCAUUUUUAUCUUUUCUCUCCUUGGACAUGUCCCUCUUUUUCUUUCUGCAGAAUCUCUCAAUGUGACCCGGCUUCUGACAAUAAUGGCAAAUAAAAUCUCUUUUUCUGGAUUUUGAUCUCCCCCUGGACUUGUCUCUAUGGUGAGGAUUUCUGCUCUUGCUUCUCCCCCUGCUGGAUUCUGGAAUCACAUUUGCUUUGGCUUGGCUAGGGUAGCCUGAUUCUUUCCUCCUAGCCUUUUCAUUCAAAAGACUAGCCUUGACCAUCUCCAUAGUCAUCUUGCCAUCCGGAGCAGAGUUGCUAAGUGAAACCACCAAUGUAUCCCAACUGUCGGGCAAUGAGGAAAGCAACAACAAAGCUUGAAGUUCAUCCUCCAAUUUCAUCUUCAUUCCGGCUAGUUGAUUUACCACACCUUGAAACUCGCUCAUGUGAACCACAAUGCUAUCACCAUCUUUGUAUUGCAAUUUAACAAGCUUCCUAAUCAAAGAAGCUUUUCCCAUAGCAUUGUUCCUCUCGUACAUGGAUUCAAGUUUCUUCCACAUCUCAAAAGCAUUAGUUUCAUUAGCAACAUGUUGCAACACACUUAAAGAAACAUAUUGUAGGAUUGAUGCAAUAGCUUUCCGGUUCAAGGUAGUCCAAGCUUUCUCAUCAACACCUGUUGGAUGUUCUUUAUACAAAAUUGGGUCAAGCAAAUCUUUAGAGCAUAAAUAAUCCUCAAUACGAAUUUUCCAAAUUGAAUAAUUCGUAGAGUCCAAACUAACCAUUCCUUGAACAAUUACUUUGUCAUCCAUCAUAAACAACACAAGAAGCCAACCAAUAAAUAACUAGGCUCCGAUACCACUUUGUUGGGGAAGCACGGAACAAAACACAACGGAAGCGUAUAAAAUCUUUUCCCCAAAUUAAUGAGAUGAACAACAAAGCACAAUAUACUCCAAAAAUCAGCACCACCACCACAAAUAGAUAGCAACGGAAAUAAGAUAAAGAACACACGAUUUACGUGGAAACCCCAAAUCGGGGAGAAAACCACGGCCGCUCAACAACGG